UAUUUCUCAUACAUAUCUUUUGUCUCAUAAAACAUGGGUCGAGUUCAAGAAGAGGGAAGCGGUCCUGUUCAUGGCUUCCGGUUAUCGACCGUGAGUUCGUCCAGACCAACAGAGACCGGUACGACCCACGAGCCUACUGGUUUAGACCUCGCCAUGAAGCUCCACUACAUAAAGGUGGUUUACAUCUACUCAGCCGAGACAGCACGUGACUUGACCGUGAUGAGCGUGAAAGCUCCCUUGUUUCCAGUGUUCGAUCAGAUCUCAUGGAUCACUGGCAGGUUAAGACGGCACGAGUCGGGACGUCCGUACAUUAAGUGCAACGACUGUGGUACACGUUUCGUGGAGAGUCAUUGUGAUCUCACGGUGGAUGAGUGGCUCCGUGUACCGGACCGGUCCGUUGAUGAGUCUUUGGUUUACCAUCAACCAGUUGGACCAGAUAUGGCAUUCUCUCCUUUGAUCUAUCUUCAGAUGACCCGGUUUAGCUGUGGUGGAUUAGCUUUGGGAUUGAGCUGGGCUCAUAUCAUGGGAGAUCCAUUAUCGCUUUCUCAUGUCUUCAACUUAUGGGCUCGGGCCUUUGCUGGUGAGAAGAUCUACUCCCACAAAACCUCUGAGUUAGAAAGAGUAUUUCAAAACCCGAACUCGACCGGCGCAAAACCGGAGUCAAUCAAACGGGUUGACCCGGUUGGAGACCUUUGGGUUACUCCAAGUAAUAGUAAAAUGACAACAUUCUCCUUCAAUCUGACGGUUAAGGAUAUAAAAUCAAAAUUUCCGGCGAACGGAGACGAUGUAUUCGAGAUUCUCAUCGGAGUUAUAUGGAAGUGUAUAGCCAAAGUGAGAGGAGGAUCAGAUCCGGUUACGAUUACGGUCAUUCGUCCGGAUCCGAACGGGUUAAAACCCAGAGCGGUGAGAAACAGUCAGGUGAUAAGCUCCGUCCACGUCGGUUUCUCGGUGGCGGAGGCGAGUUUGGAGGAGAUUGUGAAAUCGAUCGGUGAAGCGAGCGAUGAGAGGUCUAAGAUCGAUGAGAUUGUUGAUGAUGUUUCGGAUUUUAUUGUUUACGGUGCUAAUCUGACGUUUGUGGAUCUAAGCGAAGUUGAUUUUUACGAGGCGAAGGUUUUGGGGAAGUCGCCGGAAUCGGUUUAUUGUAAUGUCCAGGGGAUUGGUGACGGCGGAGCGGUGGUGGUUUCGCCAGGGGUUGUGGUGGAUGAGAGGGUUGCUACGGUGACGUUACCGGGAGAUGAUAUUGAGAAGGUGAAAUGUGAAAUGGACAAGUGUGGUUUGAUCACGGUGUUAGUUAAGUAACGGUGAUUAAAUAACGGUUUAUUAUACACUUGUUGUGUUAUUUUAAUUUCGUUGUGGUGUUUUUGUAUCAUUUUGUUUAUUGUUAUGAUGUUUGUGUUAAGAAGAGUGAAAUAAGUACUAUAGCUUUGAAUGUUUUUAAUUCA